AUGGGGAUGGGAAUGGACGAGAGGGAUCCGUGGCUGGGAAUAGACAAACUGUACCACCUUUUAAUGUGUUUGUGUCUGACACUUGUCUUUUACGCUCUUGCUUCCUUCACUCCUUACCGCCGCCACGCCAUUUCCAUCGGAUCCCUCGCUUCUCUCCUCGCCGGCGCCGCCAAAGAGGCCGCCGAUCACCUCGGCUACUUCCGCUCUUCCGGGGCUUCCCUCAAGGACGCCCUCGCCGACAUCCUCGGCGUCCUCAUCGCUUCCUUCGCUCUUUCUCUCUUCCGAUCUCAACCUCACCCUCAGCUCCGCGCCGUGUCGCUUGUUUGAAGACACUCUUUCAAACAAUUUCAGAUGGAAAUUGCCAGUACACUUCUUUUCUUCAAUUUAAUUCAAUUCUUUUUUUUUUAAGUUUUAUUUUUCUAUUUCAUCUCAUUGUUAUGUGAAAAUAUAAUUCAAUUUCAUCUUAGUUUUCUAUUUCCGAGGUUUUCUGUUUUGGAGAUAAUAAUCAGACUUCUCGUUAUUUUUCUUUUACAUUUAUCAAAAAAGAAAAGAAGAAAAAAUUAGUAUUGUAUUAUACAAGUACCAAACAUCACUCAUUUAUGCCUGAAUAUGAUAUGAUAGAUACACAAGGUCACCUGAGCACACAUUUUGUAUCUCUAGUAUGUGCACAUACCAAACGGUUCUCACUUUUGUUUGCUUGUUUCUACAAUAUUUAUACCAUCAAAGCAGAAAGAUUGGAUCAUGUUGUAGAGUCUAAGAUGUUUUAUUAGGUGGUCUUGGGGUGAUAAGGGAUGACAUUGGGACAAGUGGAGUCACCUUCUGAAGCUGAUGGAAGCCCUUGCCUUGGCGUUAUCAUCUUCUUGAGGCAGUUUGACAGCAGUGUAAGUGCCUGCCCCACCUAAAGCUCCAAGGAUGGGAGCUAUGAGAUAGAUCCAUAUGCCUUUGUAGUUGUUUGCGGCAAUAGCUGGCCCUAAUGUUCUUACUGGGUUCAUUGACCCUCCUGUUACUGGCCUGCAAUACAACAAUGUUAAGCUUCUGUUUAUCAAAAUCUGCUCCAAAUUUUAAGCAAUAACUCAUUAGUUUCAGAAAUUUGUGUUUUUGGAUUCUUUUUAUCAAAGCAAUAUAUGGGACGUAC